AUGAGGAAGAAAACCAUCUCUCAAAAGCCUCCUCGAGAAAAGAUCUUUAAGCUUCCUACAAAACAGAAAUCUUCCACUCGCUCUCAAGACCGAACCUUCACUCCCUCUGCUUCUCCUCCUACCUCACCUCCUCGCUCGGAUCCAAUGGCUCACACUAAGAACCCCUCAAGGUUUUCACCCUCAGCUAAGAAGAUGCCACCACCGAAGGAACCUCCUUCAAAACCCAGUUCAUCAAAGCCAAGCACCUCCAAAGGGAAACGCCCAGCUGCAGCCGAACCUACCUCUGAGCCCACUCAACCUAAGACAAGGUCUGUUCCCACUCGUUCUCAGAGAGGUAAACCUCGUAUCCCUUUUAAAUCUAUUAGAGAACCAGACAUUGAUCCCUUUGCACACAAAUCAUAUUUCAUGACCUCCCACUCAGACUAUAACCCUUACAGAUUUAAGUAUGCCAUGAAUAAUGAUUUUUAUGAAGGAGUCAUUAAGUACCGUACCAUAUGUCCCUCAUUUCUUGCUGAUUUACCAAAUUUGAAAAAGAAAAGUUUUCCUUUUGUUGAAAACUUGGAAUUUCUGGACUGGAAUCAUCUAUUUAACAUCAAAAAUCCUGUUUACCCACUUUUGGUCAAGGAGUUUUAUGCUAACAUGACUUUAUCAUGA